AGAACACCUUUGAUUGAGUUUGGAAGCAUCUCUUGGCCUGAAUUAAAGUGCUAUGGAGCAACUUUUGAGUCCCAGCAACAUGAGUGAAGAAUCUCAUAAAACUCGUAUAUGUGACAACCUGGAUGAGCUGAGAUGCCACUUUACUUGGAAGCUGGACAUAAAAUAUGAGCACAUGCAUGACUUAGAAAUCAAAAUCUCAGAGACUGAGUUCCUUGAUCCCAACUACAGCAUCGGGAUGCACAACCUCCUGGCCUACGUGAGGCACCUGAAAGAACAGCAGGAGGAAGCCCUGAAAAGCUUGCAUGAUGCUGAAGCCUUGAUCCAGAGCGAGCAGUUGAGCAAGAGAAGCCUGGUGACCUGGGGCAACUGUGCCUGGCUGCAUUACCACAUGGGCAAGUUGUCAGAAGCCCAGAUCUACCUGGACAAGGUGGAGAAGGUUUGCAAGGAAUUUUCAAGUCCCUUCCGCUACAGGCUGGAGUGUGCUGAGAUGGACUGUGAGGAAGGCUGGGCCUUGUGGAAGUGUGGCUCACAAAAUUAUACACGAGCCAUGGCCUGCUUUGAAAGGGCUCUGAAAGUGGAGCCAGAAAACCCUGAAUACAACACUGGCUAUGCAGUCGUAGCUUAUCACCUGGAUUACUAUGAUGGGAAUUCUCUACAACCCUUAAAGAAGGCUGUCAGCUUAAAACCAGAAGAUCCACACAUUAGAGUUCUCCUUGCCCUAAAGCUACAGGAUUUAGGAAAAACAGAUGAAGCAGAAAAACACAUUAAAGAAGCUACGCUCACAAUAUCCUCCCAGAACAAUAUCUUUGGAUAUGUAGCCAAAUUUUACCGAAGGAAAGGUUGUGCAGGGGAAGCUCUCGAGUUCCUUAAAAGAGCCUUGGAGAAAAAACCUUACUCUCCUUACUUGCAUUUCCAGAUUGGCCUUUGCCAUAAAACACAAUUUUUUCAAAUAAAAAAAGCUACAAGAAUUCAACCUAGCAGGGAGAAUAGAAAAAGAGCAGACCAAUCGUGCAAUUUGGCUAUAUGUCAUUUUAAAAAGGCUUUAGAGCUGAAACCCACAUAUGACAGAGCAUAUAUUGAUUUGGCUGAGGUGUACGCAAAAAAUCAUCAACUAAAAGAGGCAGAGGACAAUUUUCAGGAAGUGUUGAGCAUGAGUAACUUGGGAGAUUAUAUGCAGCAAGAAAUUCAUUUCCGGUAUGGCAACUUCCAACAAUACCAUAAGAAAUCAGAAGAGGCAGCCAUCACACAUUACUUAAAAGGCCUGAAAAUACAGGUAACUUCUUACUACAGGGAUAAACUUCUCAAGGCUUUGGAGGAACUGGCUGAAGGACGCAAGAAGGAUCACGUCCUGGAAAGCUUGAGCCUCCUUGGGCUCGUCUACAAACUGAGAGGGGACACAAGUGAAGCCAUGUCAUGUUAUGAGAAGGCCCUGAGGCUCACAGGAGCAGUGAACCCUGAGUUUUGAGGUAGAGCUUCUUGAGUGGCUUGUUAAGCGUGAGCAUGACUCCCUUUUCUAUGAUUCUUUUCCAGCUGUUGCCUUAACUAUAUAGAACCCCAUGAAGCAAGGUGCAGAUGAUGCCUUUUUUAUUGCUUGCUUUUCUACAACCCUAAUUUAUGGUGGAGGGCCUAUGAGUAUGUGACAAGCGUCUCCAUUCUCCUGCCACACAUGAUGGACAUUUUCCUUAUGAGUGUGCCUCUGGAUUGCAUCUCCUAUGACAUCAGUCUUCCAGUACCCUGAUCAAAGGACACUUGACGCAUUAUGGCUCAUUUUUCAUGGCAUCUUCCAAACUUCAGCAACAUCUGAAAGCAAAAUAAAUGAGGAAUGGUGAGCAUUAAAAGGGAGAGGAAUUCAAGAUAUUCUUAUAGUGUUUCAGUCCAUAGGACUAGUUUCAUAGGCUUUACUGCAGCCAGAACCUGAUGGUCAAUGACCCCCAUCCUAAUUAUCAAUGCAUCUUUUUGUAUACAAGUGUUUGAUUUCAGAUAAUUGUGGUGGAUUUCUGUGGUCUACAUAUAUUGGUAUUUAUUCACCACUAAGUAAGAUUUAAGGCUUCAGGACGAUAGAAUAAAGCAGUAACCUCUGUGGGAUGUGCCAACAACAACAACAACAACAAAAAUGACAAAAUUGCUACCUGACACUGUUCAGACUAUGGAGAGUUGUGUGAUACACCUUGUUGCUUUCCCAACCCUAUCAUAUUCAAUAAAAUCUGCUAAUAUCACAGACUUGUAAGUGUAUUUUUUGGCACAUUAAGAUCUGUAUUCUACGAUUGGAUGGAACCAGAGCACAGCAAAAUCAAACCGCAUAGGGCUAGGAGGGACAAAGCAAGGAAACUCUGGGAAUAUACACACUAUUGAAUCUUAAAGAAUACAGGGGAAGAGAGAAGAGGUUAGACAACCAGAAGGAUGUCUGAAAGACUCCUAAGUACUUGUAUUAGUUACCGUCUAUGUGAAAUGCUUAAUACCUGUAAGUCAGUGUG